AUGAAGCUGCAGAUGUUCUGGACUGGGCUGGAAUAUACCUGCCGGCUCCUGGGCAUCACCACUGCUGCAGUGUUGAUCGGCGUGGGUACCGAGACCUUCCUCCAGGGCCAGUUCAAAAGCCUGGCUUUCUAUCUGCUGUUUACAGGAGCUGCCGUCUCCAUGUGCGAAGGGGCCUACUUUGUGGCUCAGCUGCUGGCCAUCUGCUUCCAGUGUCAGCCAGGGUCCCUGGCCAGCAGAGCAAGGGAGAAGGCCCACUGGCUGGGCUGCUUCCAGAAGUUCCUGGCCUACAUGCUGCUGUCGGUGGCCUGCUUCCUCCACCCUGUCCUGGUCUGGCACGUGACCAUCCCAGGCUCCAUGCUCAUCGCCACAGGCCUGGCCUACUUCCUCCUGAGCAAACGGAAGAAGAGAAAAGCUGCCCCCGCAGUGCCAGCCCCCCCAGAGCAGUACACAGACCCCUCUGGCAGCGCCAUGAGCACCACCGGCUCUGGGGACACUGAGCAAACCUACACCUUCCACGGGGCCCUCAAGGAGGGGCCUAGCUCCCUCUUCAACCACAUGAAGAGCAUCCUGAAGGGGACCAGGAAGCCCAGCCCCCUCCCGCCCCCAGACACCCUGAUGGAGCUGACCCUGGAGCCAGCUGACGCCUUAGCCAAGAAGAAGCAGGUGCACUUUGAAGACAACGUGGUCAGAAUCAUCCCGUCCCUGGCCGAAGGGCUGGAGGAUGGAGACAGUGAGCCUGAGGAGACUACCUCUGACACGACCCCCAUCAUCCCUCCCCCCCAGGCUCCGCUUUUUCUGUCCUCUCUCACUGCCACCGGCCUGUACUGA